GGGUGGAGGGAGCAAUUCCAGCGCUAUUUCUCUUGGUCAGUGUAGCCGCGGCGCUCGUGUCGGAUGCUUCGUUGCUCCGCCUCCUCCCUUGAAUUCUUCCCCCCCCCCCUUCUUUCUCUUCCGAUACCGCUCUUCGCCGGCCUGGGGGCUCCGUGAUGGGGCUCGGCGGCCUCUAUCCCGCUGGCUUCGUCGCCGCUUAUUGUCUUCCCCUGCGAGGCUGCUGAGUAACGGCGGCGCCGGGGGUCGCCUCCGCCCUUGACACUGCGCUGAGAAGAUAACUCCAGGAGAGGAAACCGCUGGAAGUCCUUCACUCACAAUUUCUGGAGUACAAGCAAGAAGCCAUCAAAAUGUCAGGCGCGUCAGUCAAGGUGGCUGUCCGAGUUCGACCUUUUAAUUCCCGAGAGACCAGCAAAGACUCCAAAUGCAUCAUCCAAAUGCAAGGCAACUCAACCAGUAUUCUCAACCCAAAGAAUCCUAAGGAAGCACCAAAAUCCUUCAGCUUUGACUACUCCUACUGGUCUCACACAUCGCCCGACGACCCUUGCUUCGCCUCUCAAAAUCGCGUGUACAAUGAUAUCGGGAAGGAGAUGCUGCUGCAUGCCUUUGAGGGCUACAACGUCUGCAUCUUUGCUUACGGCCAAACGGGAGCUGGGAAAUCCUAUACCAUGAUGGGGAAACAGGAGGAGAAUCAGGCGGGGAUCAUACCGCAGCUCUGUGAAGAGCUGUUUGAGAAGAUCAGUGACAACAGCAACGAGGAAAUAUCUUACUCUGUGGAGGUCAGCUACAUGGAGAUCUACUGUGAGAGAGUCCGGGAUUUGCUGAACCCCAAGAACAAAGGGAACCUGCGUGUCCGGGAGCAUCCUCUGCUUGGACCCUAUGUGGAAGACCUGUCCAAACUUGCCGUCACUUCUUACACCGAUAUUGCAGACCUCAUGGAUGCUGGCAACAAAGCUAGGACAGUGGCAGCUACCAACAUGAACGAAACCAGCAGCCGGUCCCAUGCUGUCUUCACUAUUGUUUUCACGCAGAAGAAGCAUGACCUUGAAACUGAUCUUUCCACUGAGAAGGUUAGCAAAAUUAGCCUCGUGGAUCUUGCAGGGAGCGAGAGGGCAGACUCCACUGGUGCCAAAGGGACUCGGUUAAAGGAGGGAGCAAAUAUCAACAAGUCGCUCACCACGUUGGGAAAAGUAAUUUCAGCCUUGGCAGAAGUGGAUAACUGCACCAACAAGAGCAAAAAGAAAAAGAAGACUGACUUCAUUCCAUACAGGGAUUCUGUGCUGACAUGGCUACUUCGGGAAAACCUAGGUGGCAACUCAAGAACUGCUAUGGUGGCUGCUCUGAGUCCAGCAGACAUAAACUACGAUGAAACUUUAAGCACUUUAAGAUAUGCUGAUCGGGCGAAGCAGAUCAAAUGCAAUGCAGUUAUCAAUGAGGAUCCCAACGCUAAGCUGGUGCGGGAGCUGAAGGAGGAAGUUACCCGGCUCAAGGAUCUUCUCCGUGCUCAAGGGCUCGGAGACAUUAUUGAUACAUCCAUGGGCUCCCUCACUGCAUCUCCAUCUUCCUGCUCUCUCAGUAGUCAGGUGGGCUUAACAUCGGUCUCCAGUAUCCAGGAGCGGAUCAUGUCUACGCCCGGAGGAGAGGAAGCCAUCGAACGUUUGAAGGAAUCUGAGAAAAUCAUUGCAGAGCUGAAUGAGACGUGGGAGGAGAAACUGCGGAAGACGGAGGCAAUUAGGAUGGAGAGAGAGGCUUUGCUGGCUGAGAUGGGAGUGGCCAUUCGAGAAGAUGGAGGAACUCUUGGUGUCUUCUCGCCUAAAAAGACUCCUCACCUCGUCAACCUCAACGAAGAUCCCCUUAUGUCAGAGUGCCUCCUUUACUAUAUCAAAGACGGUAUAACCAGGGUUGGCCAAGCGGAUGCCGAGAGGCGUCAAGACAUCGUUCUCAGCGGGGCUCAUAUCAAAGAGGAGCAUUGCAUUUUCCGAAGUGAGAGGAACCAUAAUGGGGAUGUGAUUGUUACCCUGGAACCUUGUGAACGGUCCGAAACCUACGUCAAUGGCAAGCGGGUGGUGCAGCCUGUCCAACUGCGCUCAGGAAAUCGCAUUAUUAUGGGCAAAAACCACGUGUUCCGCUUCAACCAUCCUGAGCAAGCGAGGGCUGAAAGGGAGAAGACUCCAUCGGCAGAGACUCCCUCAGAACCAGUAGAUUGGACUUUUGCUCAGAGGGAAUUGCUGGAGAAGCAAGGGAUUGAUAUGAAGCAGGAGAUGGAGAAAAGACUUCAAGAAAUGGAGAUUCUGUACAAGAAGGAGAAAGAGGAAGCAGAUCUCUUGCUGGAGCAGCAGAGGCUGGACUACGAGAGCAAGCUCCAGGCCUUACAGAGGCAAGUGGAGACACGGUCCUUGGCUGCUGAGACCACAGAGGAGGAAGAGGAAGAAGAGGAGGAGGUGCCCUGGAGUCAGCACGAGUAUGAACUCGCCCAGUGGGCUUUCCGGAAGUGGAAGUUUCACCAGUUUACUUCCUUAAGAGAUCAGCUGUGGGGGAAUGCAGUCUAUCUGAAAGAAGGCAAUGCAAUCAGCGUGGAGCUGAAAAAGAAGGUGCAGUUCCAGUUUGUUCUGCUGACUGACACGCUGUACUCCCCGUUGCCUCCUGAACUGCUGCCGCCUGAGUCAGAGAAGCCCCGAGACAACCGCGCUUUCCCUCGGACAGUGGUGGCCGUGGAAGUCCAGGAUCUGAAGAACGGCGCAACUCAUUACUGGUCCCUGGAAAAGCUCAAGCAGAGGUUGGAGCUGAUGCGGGAGAUGUACGACCGUGCAGGAGAAAUGGCCUCUAAUGCACAGGAGGAGAAUGAGAGCACCAUGACCGGGAGUGACCCUUUCUACGAUCGAUUCCAUUGGUUCAAGUUAGUUGGGAGCUCCCCCAUUUUCCACGGCUGCGUAAACGAGCGCCUGGCUGACCGCACACCCUCCCCCACUUUCUCCACGGCCGACUCCGACAUCACCGAGCUGGCCGACGAGCAGCAGGGCGAGAUGGAGGACUUUGACGACGAUGCCUUUGUGGACGAUACUGGCUCCGACGCUGGGACCGAGGAGGGCUCGGACCUCUUCAACGAUGGGCACGAUCCGUUUUACGACCGCUCCCCUUGGUUCAUUUUAGUGGGAAGGGCAUUUGUAUACUUGAGCAACCUUCUCUAUCCAGUCCCGCUCAUCCACAGAGUGGCAGUGGUCAGUGAGAAGGGGGAAGUGCGUGGAUUUCUUCGUGUGGCUGUCCAAGCAAUAGCCGCUGAUGAAGAAGCCCCUGACUACGGAUCUGGCGUUCGGCAGUCUGGCACAGCUAAAAUCUCGUUUGAUAAUGAGUAUUUUAACAAGAACAACUUCUCAUCGGUUGCGAUGACCCGCUCUGGAUUGUCCUUGGAAGAGCUGAGAAUUGUGGAAGGGCAGGGUCAGAGUUCAGAGGUCAUCACGCCUCCUGAAGAAAUCAACAGAAUGAACGAUCUGGACCUAAAGUCUGGCUCAUUGCUAGAUGGCAAGAUGGCCCUGGAAGGCUUUACGGAAGAAGUUGGCGACCACCUGAAACUGGGCAGCUUGUUUACUUUCCGCGUGACGGUGCUACAAGCCAGCGGCAUCCUCCCGGAAUAUGCAGAUAUCUUCUGCCAGUUCAACUUUCUGCAUCGACACGAUGAAGCUUUCUCUACUGAACCCCUGAAAAACAAUGGCCGAGGGACGCCUCUUGGUUUUUAUCACGUGCAGAAUAUUUCUGUGGAAGUGACAGAAUCUUUUGUGGAAUACAUCAAGACAAAGCCUAUCGUAUUUGAAGUCUUUGGACAUUAUCAGCAACAUCCGUUCCAUCUGCAGGGACAAGAGCUCAACAGCCCCCCACAACCGUCCCGGCGAUACUUCCCUCCCCCCAUGCCGCUCUCAAAGCCAGUCCCGGCUACCAAGCUCAAUACCAUGAGCAAGCCCAACUUGGGGCAGAGUGUGACCAAAUACGACCUCCUUGUCUGGUUCGAAAUCAGUGAGCUGGAGCCAACUGGAGAAUACAUUCCUGCUAUAGUUGACCACACGGGGGGUCUACCUUGCCAGGGGACGUUUCUGCUCCACCAGGGAAUACAGCGUCGAAUCACCGUCACCAUCAUCCAUGAGAAAGGAAAUGAGCUGCACUGGAAGGAUGUGCGGGAGUUGGUGGUUGGGCGUAUCCGGAACAAAGCAGAAGUCGACGAAGCUGCAGUGGAUGCCAUCCUGUCUCUGAAUAUCAUCUCUGCAAAAUACCUGAGGGCUUCUCACAGUUCUAACAGGACUUUCUACCGUUUUGAGGCAGUCUGGGACAGCUCUCUCCAUAACUCCCUUCUUUUGAACCGAGUGACCCCCUACGGAGAGAAAAUCUACAUGACCCUCUCAGCUUACCUGGAGCUGGACCACUGCAUUCAGCCAGCUGUCAUCACAAAGGAUGUUUGCAUGGUCUUCUACUCACGAGAUGCCAAGAUUUCGCCUCCUCGCUCAUUGCGCAGCCUCUUUGGCAGUGGCUAUUCCAAAUCCCCAGAUUCCAAUCGAGUCACUGGAAUCUAUGAGCUGAGCUUGUGCAAGAUGGCAGACACAGGAAGCCCAGGAAUGCAAAGGAGGAGGAGGAAAGUCCUGGAUACUUCUGUGGCCUACGUCCGUGGAGAGGAGAAUCUGGCAGGGUGGAGGCCCCGUGGGGACAGCCUCAUUCUGGAGCACCAGUGGGAACUGGAGAAGCUGGAGCUGUUGCAUGAGGUCGAGAAGACUCGCCACUUCUUGCUGCUGCGGGAGAAGCUAGGUGACAGCAUCCCCAAGUCCCUGAGCGACUCGCUGUCCCCUAGCCUCAGCAGUGGGACCCUCAGCACCUCCACCAGCAUCUCCUCCCAGAUGUCGUCCACCACCUUUGAGAGCGCCGUCACACCCAGUGAAAGCAGCGGCUACGACUCAGCAGACAUUGAGAGCCUGGUGGAUCGGGAGAAAGAGCUGGCCACCAAGUGCCUGCAGCUUCUUACUCACACUUUCAACCGUGAAUUUAACCAGGUCUACAACAGCAUCAGUGAUUGUAAGCUGUCCGAUAUCUCUCCAAUUGGGCGGGACCCAUCAGUAUCAAGUUUCAGCAGCGCCACCCUCACGCCUUCUUCAACCUGUCCCUCGCUGUCCGAUUCAAGAUGCGGCUCGGUGGAUCAGAAGACGCCAGAAGCAAAUUCUCGUGCCUCAAGCCCUGGCCCGGAGGGAGAACCACCGUUCCAAUUGAUCCCCCCUGUUGAAGCCUCUUACUUGGCCAGAGCCGGCAAAAACGAGUUCCUGAACCUUGUUCCUGAUAUUGAGGAAAUCAGACCUGGCUCCGUGGUCUCCAAGAAAGGCUACUUGAACUUCAAGGAGCCGCUCUCCCCUUCGUGGGCCAAGCACUUUGUGGUGGUCCGGCGCCCGUACGUUUUCAUCUACAACAGUGACAAGGACCCUGUUGAAAGAGGGAUCCUCAACCUCUCCACGGCGCAAGUGGAGUACAGUGAAGAUCAGGAGGCCAUGGUGAAGAUCCCGAACACCUUUGCCAUCUGCACAAGGCACCGUGGAGUCCUCCUCCAGGCCAUCAACGACAAAGACAUGAACGACUGGCUGUAUGCCUUCAACCCGCUUCUCGCUGGCACGAUACGGUCCAAACUUGCCCGAAGACGCUCAGGACAGCUGAAAUACUGAGUCUGUGGGGAGUUCUCAUCCAAUUCCCCCUCCCCCCAAAAUCUCUAACACGCCUUCUGAUAUAGAUAAAGCGUUACCUCUCAUUUCUGUGAUUCUUGAAUUUCUCUCUUUUCGUAUGUAACCCUGUGGCUUAACAUUCCUCACCUCUCUUCCCCCACGCCCCUCCCCUUUCAGCACUUCCUCCAGCUGUUCAAACCCUCUUUUUCCACCACCACUUUUUUUAUUGUUUCACCCCCCACCACCUGUGCUGAAAAUACUAUCACUAGCAUGUGGCCAACAACCGGGGGGGGGGGAAGGGGGGAGUGAUUGGGUGGGUGUGUUUCCAAUUUAUAUGCACGACUUUUUAAAAAGAAAAAAAAGGAAGGGGAAACGCCUCUUUUUCUCUGGGAUCUCUUUUUCCUCAUUCCCCUUGACUUUGUCUGUGAUGCUCUCUGUGACGUGUUUUGUCUCUGUCUGGGAUACGUUUUUUUUUUUUUUUACUCCGGCGCAUUGGAAGUAUCGGUGCUGCUGCUCUCCAGGCAAGGUCCCUGUGCUUGGGUUGGGCACAUGCAGGUAUUUGUCAUCCCCGACCCCCUCUCUCCGGUCACGCCUGGCGUAUGGCCAAGGGAUCGUGAGUCCCUCCCGACAUGUGCUGGCUUUUAAGACAUACUGAUUUUAAUUCCUAGAAUUCGAGGGUCCCCUCCUGCUCCCCUUCCCAUUGUUUUAUGACACUGCUUUAAAAGUGUUCAGCCCUUUUUCAAAUUUCUUUUCAAAUGGCCAUUCAGCCUGAUAAAUAAUAAUUUAUACUGAAUUAGCAGACCCAUUUAAAGGCUCUCCCUUUUUAAUUCUUACAUGUCUUGAGUAGAGGAGGUGGUUUUUAAUUUGGAUAAAAAUGUCUCUCUCUGGAACUCUUGUACCCUCCUCCCCCCUUCCUCCAGGUGCAAAUGUUUCUAGCAAUUUGGUGAUAAAGACAAAUUCCCUUUUAUAUGGUCAUGAAGCAGCUAGUCACGCCCAGAUGUAUAUCAUUGUUGCCUGCUUGGGCAUGUUGAGCUCUGGGUCUCCCUUAACCCAUGCUCUUGUUCUAGGUGUCUCUUAGACCUAAUUUUGAAAGAACACCAGCUAAGAUGAUAGUAUUUGGGCUACACCAUUCCAGGUUGCACGUUGGGGCCUUGUAAGAAUGGAUACUUCUGCAUGUAAAGAAUAGUUCCUUGAACAUGGAAAAUCAGAAGAUUCCAACCCUUUUCCCUGACAUGCUAGUUUUUGGCAUACCUGGAAAUUGUUUUGCAUGGAGGAGCAUUCCAUCUGAAGUCUGGAAUGUACAGGCUGACCACAUCAUCUGCUGUUUGUAAGAACUAGGUCCUCAGUUAAAACAUUCUUGAACCUCCCACGAAACAUUUAAGUUUCUGUCUCUUGCAAGGUAAACUCAUGUUCUUAGACUGCUUUUUCUUCAGAGGAGGGACCCUCUUUGCCCUCCCUCUCUCCCUUCCAUGCCAGCUUUUUCCUUCUGAUCAAGGAAGACCUUUGAUCAUUGGAGAGCAGUUUCAGCCUUUGGUUCCUGUGGUCCAGAGGAAGACCAAAUUUGCCUGUUUGCAUUUUUGGCACAUCUCAUUAACUUCAUCCAGUUGACAGUCAGCUCAGGAAGGAGGUUUUCUUUCAAACCACUCAUCAGUACCAAACAGCAGCCUAAAGCCCUGGAGGAACUUUUUCAUCAAUGGAACAACAUCACUGCUUUUUUAAAAAAAAAUUUUUGCAGGGGGAAUUAAUGUUUUGGUUUUGCCACAUAACAUCAGGGAGUGUGCAGCAUCAGUAUAGACAGAGUUGUCUUUAACAUUACCCUUCUCUCUCUUUUAUAACUUAAGUGUUCAGUUUGGAACUCCUCCUAACGCUUUCCAUGGGUCUUCUGUACCACCUCUGUGUGUGUGGGGGGGGGGGAGUGGGGAAGGGACCAUCAUAGGGGCCCCAAAUCAAGGCAAGAGAUGGGUCUGUUGGUUUGUUCAUUGUACUCUGUCUAAUUGUGUAUGUCUCAGCACAGUGAUCAACGUUGCUUUUCUCAUGCAACGGGCACACUAUGCACAGCCAAUAUGUCUGCGCAUUGACCGAGGCCACUGGCUAAGCUGAUUGUGCAAUGGUUUUAACGACGGGCUUGAAAUGAGUUUGCGUGGAGGGCUUGGUCACUGUGAGCUGCUGCCUUUUGACCAGUAACAAAAAGUGGGGUGAUCUGUGUGGAACCCUGGGAACCCUGGAAGACAUUUCCUGGCAAUAUUAUGUGUACACUAAAAUAACUUUGUUUAAUGUGUUUUUGUUUAAACUUGGAACAAAACUAGCCCGCAAAGUCUUUGCUUUGGAAAGGUCGCCGCCUUGGGUGGACUAUAAAUACAGGGGUUAAGUAUAAGUAUUAAGAGAUUCUUCUUAAGUAGAAGAGCAAAUGGAUUAUGGUAGGAACCAGGUGCAUCCUAGCAUGAUCAGAAGCUAGGAAUUAUGGUUGUGCGCUACGUAAAAGUCUGACCUCCAUUUGGUCAAUUUUAUAUGUGGAGGGCAAACACUGUUUCUAAGCUACUGCAGCCUUUCCUGUUUCAGGAGCAGAGCUAUGGUCUGCUUUGGAAACCAUUCAAAGUGACACAAAAUCUGUCUUUUUUUCCAGUCAGUCUGUGGUCAGGACUAUGAACACUUUCCUUGCCCAUUAAUGGUUACCGUUGGACAAAUCCUCCAAAAAGUAAAUGGAAAUGCAACAUUUUUCACUGUCUGUAAUUCGGCCCACCGCUUUCUGAAAUCCAGUGAAGGGGUGUGAUUUUGGGGAAAGGAGAGGACUGGGAAUUCCUUUUCCAGCCAAAGAGGUGUAACAGUUCUGCUAGCUGUUUCUGUCCUGGAGUCAGCCAGCUCUUAGGGCCUGCCGUCUGGAGGCUCCGCCCCAUGCCAUGGGCCAGCCAACCCACAGAGCAUAGAGCGGUGACCUCAGAAGAAGCGCUGGGAUUGUCCUUGCACCUCCUGGUUGGAAUUUCCAGUUCUCUCAAUCAAAGGAACGUUUAAUAACAAAAAAUGAAACCAAUCACGUUGGGAGCAGUAAUGUGGUAACUUGAUGGCUGAAUCAUAAAUGCAGUUUUUGUUUAAUCAAAGCCCUCUGGGUAUAUUUAUUUUUUCUGUGUGGGUUUUCUUUUGGAGCAAUGCACUUUAAUCUUUCUGGCCAGUGUCCCCUAUUCCAAGCCAUUAUGGAGGGGAAAGGUGUUGGGGGGGGGAAGUCUGGGUUGCCCAAACACCCCUUCUACAAAUUCCUCUGAGGGCAUUUCAAAGCAAAGACUUUCCCUGCUGCUGCUCUGUUGUCUAAUAAUUUACAAGGAAUAUUUAAUUUGUGUUUUAUUUUUUAAGAAUAUAUAUAAGGUAAUGUGUAUUUAUGCAUCUGUAGUUAUAUUGCACACUAACGUAGGAUGUCCUUUGGGCUCAUCUGACCCUUGGCAUGUUCUGCAAUUGAUUAAUACUGUCUUAUGUCUAUGCAUCAAAUGGUACAGGCCUCCGCAUGAACGGUUGGCUGGAUUUUGUCAUUUUUUGGUUUGUUUGUUUUAUUUUUUAACCUGCUGCUUUAAAAAACAAGAAUAAAACUGAUUUUUGCUGCUC